AUGCCCGAUCAGCGCGAGACAGAGCCAACUCGGCAAGCCGCUUCUAAUUAUGACCCUCAAGGAGGACGGAAGCGCGCUCGCCAGUCAUCAUCAGACGCCAAGUAUCCGCGGAAGAGGAGUCUGAGGGCUUGCCACGUGUGUCGGGCGAGGAAGACCAAGUGCGAUAACGUGCAACCCACUUGUGGCUUUUGUGCGUCUCUCAAUAUCCCAUGCUCGUUCGAUGCUGUGGAGAAGGACCACUCUUCAUUCGACCCUGCCAGCUUAGAGAUCCUUCGGCAACUGGGUCAGAUCAUCAGUUCUCAGGAUGACCUGUUACAGAUUGUCCACUCGGUCGCUGCUUCACAGUCGCAAUGCGUGGCUUCAGACCUGUCUCCCUCUGCUCCGACUCAUACCCACCCACGCGGCAUCAGCAAUAAUAUAGGCUGGGAUGCUACUGGAGGUGUACAGACGCAACAGCUUUCUUACGUGGCCAAUGACUCGUUUGGACAGCAAUCAGACUCAGCUUCAACGACUCCCACCGCGUCUGCAAGUGUCGCCGCGGUUCGAUGGUUCGGUCUUUUAGCCAGCGAUGCAUCUCGUGAGGCUUUUCAGGAGGCAGAUAUAGCACUUGAGCUGGAGGGGGGAUUCCUUGACCCCUCAGAUGGCCAGGAGGAGAACGAUACGACGCCUCUGCAGCGAGCCACGAGAAUCAUCGAUGACCAGCCACCAGCACAAGACUUGUCCGAGGAAGGGAUCGCCGCCGCGAGUCCAAUUGCAAACCUAGCAGAGAAAAGCAUGUGGCAAGCAUCCGCAAAUAUCUGCUUGCUUGACAGAGAACAGAUGUUGUUCGAGAACUUUCUUCACCGGAUAUGCUCAUGGCUUGAUCUGUUCGACCCGGCCCGUACGUUUUCUACCAGAGUACCACACCUCGCCGUCAGAAAUGCAGGCCUAUUAAAUGCCAUCUUGGCGCUAUCUGCUUAUCACCAAUCACUUGAUGGAAGUACUUCGCUUGAAGAGCGUCCAGACCAGAAUAGCGCACUACAGUACUAUUAUCAAACUCUGCACUACGUCCAGAAGGCCAUGCGUUUCUCGACGUACCAGAACAGCCGCGAGUUGAUGGCGACGACUCUCAUCGUCUCAACGUACGAGAUGCUGCGAGGAUCUCGCAAGGACUGGGAAAAGCAUCUGCAAGGUGUAUUCUGGAUCCUCCGGUCGCGACAGAUCGAAGUGGAGGCUCCUAGCCUAGAAAGCACGACCUGGUGGGCUUGGCUUCGUCAAGAUAUAUGGGUGGCGUUUCGCGAGAAGCGCAGGACAUACAGCACAUGGACACCGAAAAAAGCAUGCUCAGAACUAGAUAGCCACGAGCUGGCUUCGCGUGCCGUCUGGAUUCUGGCCCAAGUAAUCAACUUUUGUGCCCUUGAUUCAUCCGAGGAGGCGGAAGGCGCCUUGUCAGGGAGGCUCGUGUGGGCCAAGGCACUGAAGAAGAUGCUUCAUGAAUGGCAAUCGCAUUUGACAGUCGAGUUCUCUUCACUUCCUGCGAUAAGUCGCCGUGGUUCUGAAGCAUUUCAGCCGCGUUUGAUACACCCUCAGUGUUUUGGAUUGGCGAUGCAGAUUCAUCAUGUGUCCCAAAUCCUAAUAUGUGCCAACGAGCCAUGCCUAGGUGGCCUUGAAAGUUUUAUGAAGCGUCAGAAGACGAUUCAGGAUAGUAUUGAGAUGGUCUGCGGUAUUGGUAUGACACUGACAGAGGAUGCAUCGAGCAUGCUGUCUUCGCAAUGCCUGUUCAUCGCUGGAAUGUUCAUGCAGAACCCUCGUCAGAGAAGCUGCGUCCUGGAAAUGCUCGACUCGUGCCGGAUCAGGUGCGGCUGGCCAACACCUUCAUUAGGCUCGGAGCUGGAGCAUAUCUGGGGCAACCCUGAGAGUCCAUGGGACAGCUUAUACACGACAUCAGGUGAUUCGUUUUGCCUCCAACGAAGAUGGCAUUCCACUCACUGCUUCGGCGCAUCAUCCGCAACGAUGCCAUCCAUGUUGACCCACCGGAAAUCUACAAUGGGCGCGUUCUUGCGUUGGCCACUUCAGUAUGUGCAACACCUUGACCCCAAGAGUUAUACCUCUGGGACUAAUCUCGCCAAUUCGCAGGCAUGCUUCGCGGGCGCGCUCUUUGGCGUGGACGCAGGCAUUAUUGGCGGUGUUCUAGUAAUGCCGGAUUUUAAGAGAGAGUUUGGUCUUGACGAGCGCCCCCCAAGUGCCGCCGCCGAUCUGUCCGGCAACCUCGUCACUACUAUGCAAGCAGGCGCUGUUGCAGGAGCUCUGGUCUGUAGCCCCUUCGCCGAUCGAUGGGGGAGGAAGCCUGCGCUGCUUGCUGUCGCCAUCACGGGCUUAAUAGGUGGGCUGAUGCAGGCAUUCUCCUAUGGCCAUUUUUCUGUCUUCUACAUCGGACGAUUUGUGGAAGGUAUUGGCCUUGGUGCGGGAACUAUGCUGGCGCCUACUUACGUGUCCGAGAACUCGCCUCGCGCCAUCCGUGGGUUCUUGGUCGGAUUUUUCCAGCUUCUCCUGGUUAUGGGUGGCAUGACGGCGUACUUCAUCAAUUAUGGCUCCCUACUACACCUUCCGGGUAAAGCUAGUUGGAUGGUCCCACUGGCUUGUCAGUCAAUCUGCCCAACCCUGUUGUUCUUCAGCAUGCUAUUUUGCCCCGAGUCUCCUAGAUGGCUGGCAUCUCAAGACCAGUGGGAUAAGGCCACCAACGUGUUAUCGGAUGUACGACACCUUCCGCCUGAGCACCCAUAUCUCCAGCAGGAGCUUCUUGAAAUGCGCACACAACUGGACCAAGAACGAGCCAUUAUGCAGGAUACAGGAUUCUGGGCGCUGCAAAAAGAGUGCUGGACGAUCUCUGGGAAUCGGAAGCGUGCGUUGCUGACGAUUGGGAUAAUCACAUUCCAGCAAUGGUCAGGAACCGGCGCCAUCAACUACUACGCUCCCACGAUCUUCAAGAGUCUGGGCCUCUCUAGCACAACAACGGCCCUCUUCGCCCAAGGAAUAUACGGCAUUGUCAAGGUGGUCACAUGUUUGAUCUUCAUCUUCUUCCUGGCCGACUCCCUAGGUCGCCGUAUGUCCUUCAUGUGGAGUGGCGCCGUGCAGUCGUUCUGCAUGUUCUUCCUGGGAUUCUACGUUCGGUUCGGCCCCAAAAUUGCGGAAGACGAAAGCCCACCUCCUGCAGGCAUCGCGGCUCUAGCUAUGGUAUACAUCUUCGCUGCGGCCUUCAACAUGGGUUGGGGGCCCGUAUCAUGGGUAUAUGUGUCCGAGAUCCCGACUAAUCGGCUGAGAGCCUACAACGUGGCGUUGGCUUCACUUACACAUUGGUUGCACAAUUUGGCCGUCUCAAAAGCGACACCGGUGAUGCUACUUACGUCACCAUACAGGGCUUAUUUCAUCUUUGGAUCCGUGAACUUCGUCAUGUCAAUCGCUGCAUUUUGGAUUCCUGAAACAAAGGGCAUCUCUUUGGAACGGAUGGAUGAAAUAUUUGAUGUCGCCGACUUUUCUAAUGUUGACGACUUGGGAGUAGCAGCGAGGCAGGCAAAGCAGGCAAAGCAGGCAAAGCAAGUUGAGGAUGAUGUAGACCAUGCGGAAGACGUUCAUGUAUCCAAGGUCUAA